AGAUAGGGUGACAUAUCCCGGUGCCUUUCAAGGGAUUUUUUUGGAGAUUUUUGUCGGUCGACGAGUCGAGAGCGGGAUGGGAAACUCUUCAGUUUUCCAACCUGGAACGGCGCUGACACUUUUCAUGUCAAUCUUGUUCUGGGGCUACGUUGUCUUUCAUACUAUCUUUAUCGGUUUUCCCAUCGCAGUCCUCAUUCGUCUCUUGCAUCUGUUCUAUGAUCGGGAGAGAAGGGUCCUCCUGCAUUGGUGGACGACACAAUGGGCGUACCACUACCAUCACUGGAAUCCGUUUUGUCAGACGACGAUCUUGGGGAGAGAAAACAUCAAGAAAGUGAGAGACAACGCUGUUAUCUUUGUUUGCAACCAUCAGAGCACAACGGACAUAAUGUUGUUGUAUGGGAUAGAAACACAUUUCAAGUGGGUAAGCAAGAGCUCAAACUUCAUGAUACCCUUCAUCGGAUGGAAUAUGUGGAUGAACGACUAUGUUCCUGUGAAACGAGGGGACAAGGACAGUGUACACAAAAUGUUUGAGCAUUGCAAGAAACAUCUCAAGGCGGGAAACUCGUUGGUGUUCUUCCCUGAAGGAUCCAGAAGUACGGAUGGACAGAUCAAAGCUUUCAAGCCCGGAGCUUUUAGCCUGGCUAUGGAAGCAAAAGUUCCGAUUGUUCCUUUGGUGCUCGACGGGUCUGCUGAUUGCCUCACUGCGGGAAAGGGAAUGACAGUUGCGAUCUACAACGGGGGAGGUUGGAACAUAACCUUGAAGGCGUUGGAGCCGAUUUAUCCAGACAAAUUUGGGAAUUCUGUUGAGUCGCUGAUGGAGAAAGUUCGAAACAUCAUGGUGGAAGACUUUGAAAAGAUCAAGAGCGACAACAUAGCAAAGGGCAAGAAGUCAACAAGCAAGAAGUUGCGAUGA